CAAGCACUCCAUCUGCAGCAUGAGGAGCACAAUGCUAGCACUGGCCUCACUUGCACUCCUGAUCACAGCACAGGAAGGCAAAGGUGAAGGGAACAGCAUGAGGCUCUGUGGGAGAGACUUUGUCAGAGCCAUAGUCUUCACCUGCGGCGGCUCUCGGUGGAAAAGGCACUUGACUGAUUAUCAGUACCUGUUUGAGAGUGAAAACCCCCUGCCUCUCUCACAAGAGAACAACGGCUAUGCUGACCCCUCAACGUACGCAGACCAGAGUCUGGAGACCGACAGCGAAGAAAUCCACAAUGUCAAGCCUGAGGCAGAGCAGGACUUGCAGCACUCCAGGAAAACAUUUAUCCUGCAAAAGCGUGAGGCAGCUAAGCUGCUCACCACAUCCUGCUGCAGCAUCGGCUGCAGUGAGAGGGAUAUCAGCACCCUGUGCUGAAAGACAGCAGAUGCUGAUGGGAUUUGAUGUAACGGCUUUCAGGUAAUAAAUAAUCAUGACAUAAACCACUAUUAUUUCAGUUGUAUUCUUGAACUGUAGCUUUAUUUUCUGGAGCACACUAGGGAGUAAAGGCUGAA